UUAACUAAUAUUGAUUCUUUUUGUGCAUACGAGGUAACAACAUGCCGCGAGGAAAACGAUUCAGAGAUGUUGAGUUUCAGCACACAUCCGUGGGAUCUUCUUCCGAUCAGUCCAAACAGCCCGACGAGCCCCAGCAGCACGAGUCUCAGUCUGCGCACGUGCCACCUGUUGAUUGUCCAGACAUGGAUGACGUGCACAUCCAGGAUGGACUGGGGAGAGUGAGGAGGACACGAGGACCCACUCGAGCACAGGACGUGUGGAGCCUACGUGAGGAUGAGAAAAUCAUCGUCCAAUGCAAUGAACUGGGGCAGCCUAUCAAGAGGGCUGCAAGCAUUUUAUCGACUUUUCUAGGAUCGGUUGCGCGGAAGGGUCAGUUGUGUCCGCUCAACUAUACGAAAUGGAAUGAAAUGCUUCCUUCGUAUAAGGUUGAGCUUCUUAAAGUUAUUGAGGUAAAGAAUUGAAUUUGCUUACUAUCACAAUUUUAUUUUUUAAUUUAUCAUUGUUAUAAUAUUCUUGACUUU